AAAUUCAUCACUUGCAAUUGCAUUAGCUCGUACUCGAAGCAGAGAGAGAGAGAGAGAGAGAAAAGAGAAGGAGAUGAAACAAUGCAAAUCCUUGAAUCUAGGCAUCCAUUUCUCUCGCCCAUUUCUUCAUCCAAAAACCAAGCCACGCCUCCUCCUUCCACAUUUUCCACAACACAUUACACUCUUUCUUUCUCCUUCCUUUCGCGCCCAAUCUUCAACAACUCAUCAUGACAUGCUUUUCUUUUCAUUUUGAUUUUCCUUUCGCCUUCAAAUUCUAAAUAAUGAGGAACUAUGUUCCCUACAUUCUCCUCUUUUUCUUCUCUUUCACUCUCUUAUUACCAAAUAUUCAAUGUGCCGAUGGCACUUUUGCCCCUUCCUUUUAUACCGAAGAAAUCUACAAAGAACUUCAGAAUAUCGCUCUCCUUUUAAAUAAGGACAUUAAAUCAAGUUUAGGUUUCUGCAUUAAGGAUCCGAAAAAUGAUUGGGAGGAAGCUUUUGAUUUUACAGGAAAGUUGGAUUUUGUUGAUUCUUGUGUUAAGAAAAAAGGAGAUUUCAGGGAUCGUAUAUGUACUGCAGCUGAAAUAAGGUACUACUUCCAUGGUUUCUUGGCUCAGGGAGCAUCAGCUGACAAUUAUGUAAAACCGAACAAGAAUUGCAAUUUGACCUCAUGGGUUUCUGGUUGUGAACCUGGAUGGGGUUGUAGUACGGGCAAGGAUAUUGACCUUAAAAAGGACAUCAAGGAAAUUCCUCAGAGAACCAAAAACUGUCAACCUUGUUGCGAGGGUUUUUUCUGUCCUCAAGGGUUGACUUGUAUGAUACCUUGCCCACUAGGUUCUUACUGUCCACUUGCAAAACUGAACAACAAGACUGGCGUGUGUGAUCCAUAUAGUUACCAGAUACCUCAGGGAGAAAUGGAUCAUACUUGUGGUAGUGCCGAUAUUUGGUCUGGUGUGGUGAACAAUAGUGAUAUAUUCUGUUCUCCCGGAUCAUACUGCCCAACUACAACACGUAGAGUUUCUUGCGAUAGUGGAUAUUACUGCAGGAUGGGUUCUACUCAUCAGAUGGCAUGCUCCAAGUUCAGUACAUGUAAUCCAAACACAGCAACUCAAAAUAUGCAUGCUUAUGGGGCACUUCUUAUUGUUGCAUUGAGUACUGUCCUGAUCUUCAUUUAUAACUGUUCUGAUCAAGUUCUAGCUACACGAGAAAGAAGGAAAGCUAAAUCCAGGGAAGCUGCAGCAAGGCAGGUAAGAGAAACUGUACAAGCUCGAGAAAGGUGGAAAAUAGCAAAAGAUGCUGCUAUAAGGAAUAAGAUGGGAAUGCAAGAUCAGCUAUCCCGCACUUUUUCUCGCAGAAAAUCAGUUAAGCAAGGGGAGCAAACAAAGGUUUUCAGUCAAGCUAACCCUGAUACGGGAAAUUCGCUUUUGCAACCGCCACCAGUACCUCCAGCGCAGUCAUCUGCAGCCACAAAAGGGCAAAAGGAACCUAGCAACCUUACUAAAAUGAUGAAUUCACUUGAGAAUGACCCUCAUAGUAAUGAAGGAUUCAAUCUACAGAUUGGGGACAAAAAUAUUAAAAAGCAGAUGCCAAAGGGACGGCAGUUACAUACACAAAGCCAAAUUUUAAGGUAUGCAUAUGGUCAGAUUGAGAAGGAGAAGGCUCAACAAGAGAAAAACAAUAACUUAACCUUCUCAGGAAUAAUUUCAAUGGCCCAGGAAGGUGAGGAGGUUGUAACGAGGCCUGUGAUCGAAGUAGCUUUCAAAGAUUUAACCCUUACUUUGAAAGGGAAAAGGAAACAUCUACUAAGGUGUGUGACAGGUAAAAUCAUGCCUAGUCGAGUUUCAGCUGUGAUGGGUCCCUCAGGAGCUGGCAAAACUACAUUUCUUUCUGCUCUGGCAGGGAAAACAAGAGGAUGCACUAUGACAGGCUCAAUUCUAAUCAAUGGAAAACCUGAAUCCAUUCACUGUUAUCAGAAAAUUAUUGGAUAUGUGCCACAAGAUGAUAUUGUGCAUGGGAAUUUGACUGUGGAGGAAAAUCUUCGUUUCAGUGCGAGAUGCAGACUAUCUGCUGAUCUGCCAAAACAUGAUAAGGUUCUGAUUGUUGAAAGAGUAAUUGAAACCUUGGGGCUCCAGGCAGUAAGGGAUUCCCUUGUUGGAACAGUGGAGAUGCGAGGCAUAUCUGGUGGGCAAAAAAAACGUGUAAAUGUAGGGUUGGAGAUGGUUAUGGAGCCUUCAUUGUUAAUCUUAGAUGAGCCCACAACUGGUCUGGACAGUGCAUCUUCCACUUUACUUCUGAAAGCACUUCGUCGUGAAGCUCUUGAAGGGGUAAACAUCUGCAUGGUACUUCACCAGCCAAGCUAUACUUUGUUCAGAAUGUUUGAUGAUAUAAUAUUUCUAGCAAAAGGUGGCCUUACGGCAUAUCACGGCCCUGUUAAAAAAGUAGAAGAAUACUUUGCUGGCAUUGGAAUCACUGUACCUGAUCGUGUGAAUCCUCCAGACCAUUUUAUUGACAUUCUAGAAGGUUUAGUGAAACCAAGUACAGGUGUGACUUAUCAACAACUACCUGUCAGAUGGAUGCUUCAUAAUGGUUACCCAGUACCACCUGAUAUGCUUCAUUAUGCUGAUGAAAUUUCUGCUUCAUCAUCUUCCUCAAAUCCAAAUCUUGCGAUAAAGGGUGCCGAUGAAGCUUCUGAUAAAUCAUUUGCCGGAGAGUUUUGGGAGGAUAUGAAAAACAAUGUUCAGAUGCGAAAAGAUCAUAUAGAGGCAACCUUCUUAAAGACUAAAGACUUAUCUGACCGAAGAACUCCUGGUGUUGCUCGGCAAUAUAGAUACUACCUUGGGCGGAUAGGUAAGCAGCAGCUGCGAGAAGCAAAAUCACAAGCGGUUGAUUAUCUCCUUUUAUUAGUUGCUGGUGCUAUCUUGGGAACUCUUACUAAAGUAAAUGAUGAAACAUUUGGGUCUCUUGGAUAUACAUAUACUGUCAUCGCUGUUUCUCUACUUUGCAAGAUUGCAGCUCUGAGAUCAUUUUCUAUGGAUAAAUUACAAUACUGGAGGGAGAGUGCAUCAGGGAUCAGCAAUCUAGCUCAUUUUUUGUCCAAAGAUACAAUUGAUCUUUUCAGUACAAUUGUGAAACCUCUCAUUUAUCUGUCCAUGUUCUAUUUUUUUAGCAAUCCAAGGUCAAGCUUCGGAAGUAAUUAUGCAGUUUUGGUAUGCCUUGUGUACUGUGUGACUGGCAUGGCUUACGCAUUAGCAAUUUAUUUUGAACCUGCUCCUGCUCAGCUGUGGGCAGUGCUUCUCCCUGUUGUUAUGACUCUCAUUGCAAACCAGACAAGAGAUAGUACCUUUAUGAAGAUCCUAGUACAAAUGUGCUAUCCCAAAUGGGCUUUGGAGGCCUUUAUUAUUGCAAAUGCUGAAAGGUAUACUGGGGUGUGGCUGAUAACUCGCUGUAGUUCACUGAUGAAUAGCGGUUAUAAUGUCAGUGAUUGGCCUAUCUGUCUAGCUGUCCUAAUUUUUUAUGGUAUAGUUGCCAGAGUUGUGGCUUUUAUUUGUCUAAUAAUCACCCAAAAGAAAUGAUUUAGGUAGGAUAGUAGUAAUGUUCAAGAUGUCCUUUACCUGUGUAAUAGCAACUAGGGUUAGUUUCAAAUUUUCCACCAAUAGGAGAAGUGCCCUAACAUUUGGGAUUAGCAUUAAUUUGUCAUUGUAGGAUGUUUUUAGGUUAGUACUUUUUUUUCCUACUGAUGCCUAUUUCUGUAUAUGUAAAAUUUACUCUGUUCCUACCCCUGUUCAUCUGAACAAACGAGAGUAAGUUUGUAAAAAAGAAAUUAGCAGCAAAGGAUACAUCAUAUACUCUUCGUUUAAAUCA